AUGCCUGCCUACGAACUUCGCUCGGGAGGGGAUGUGAAGAACAAGAAGCAAAGUGUCGCCGACCUCAAGUACCGUCGCCUGACCGAGCUCAAUGCUCGUCUGAAGGAGGAUCUCGACCGUCCGCGUGUAAAGGUCUCCGAAGCCGCGCUCUCGCUGAUCAAUUACUGCAACAACACCCGUGACUUCAUGGUACCCUCAGUAUGGGGGCAGGUUGAUAAGAGGGAAGAUCCGUACGCCCCUCAGCAGCAAGGUGGCUGCUGCACUGUCAUGUAA